GAGCAGCCCGCCCAUCCGGAUCAAGGAGGAGCCGCCCAGCCCCGCCCGGAGCCCGCAGGGGGAGGAGCCCAAGGGCGCCGGGAAUUCCGGGAAUAAUUCCGGGAAUUCCGGGAAUUCCGGGAAUUCCGGGAAUAAUUCCGAGACGCCGCUGUCCCCGUCCACCUUCAUCGACUCCAUCCUGCGGGAAAACGAACCCGGAGGCGCCGCCGGGACCCCCCAGCCCCCGGAAAAGUGCCUGAGCGUCGCCUGCCUCGACAAGUCGGAGCUGAACGAGCACCUGGACACGAUCGACUCGAGCCUGGACAAUCUGCAGGCGCUGCUGAGCACGCACGGCUUCAGCAUGGACAGCGCCCUGCUCGACCUCUUCAGCCCCUCGGUGCCGGUGCCGGACGUGACCCUGCCGGACCUGGACAGCAGCCUGGCCAGCAUCCAGGAUCUCCUCUCCAACCAGGAGCAGCAGAAACCAACGGAGACCGAGCCCGGCGCGGGGGACUCCGGGAAGCAGCUCGUUCCCUGCACGGUCCAGCCGCUGUUCCUGGUGGAUUCCAGCGCCGUCGACGUCGGCUCCGGGGAUCUCCCGGUUUUCCUGGAGCUGGGCGAGGGCCCCCCGAGCUUCCCGGAUGGGGACGAGUAUCCCGAGGAGUAUCCCGAGGAAUAUCCCGAGGAAUAUCCGGAAGAAUAUCCGGAGGAAUAUCCCGAGGAUUAUCCCGAGGAUUAUCCCGAGGAUCCCGCGCUGCUCCCGCCCCCCGCGCCCAAGGACCCGGCCGUGUCCUAAAGGAAAUGGGGACGGAAUCCCGGAAAAAUGACAAAAAUGGGAUCCCAAAAAGACAAAAAUGGGAUCCCAAAAAUGGGAUCCCAAAAGGACAAACGGGAUCCGAAAAAGACAAAAAUGGGAUCCCAAAAAAGACAAAAAUGGGAUCCCAAAAAGACAAAAAUGGGAUCCCAAAAAGACAAAAAUGGGAUCCUAAAAAAGACAAAAAUGGGAUCCCAAAAGAGACAAAAAUGGGAUCCUAAAAAAGACAAAAAUGGGAUCCCAAAAAUGGGAUCCCCAAAGGACAAACGGGAUCCCAAAAAGACAAAAAUGGGAUCCCAAAAACAACAAAAAUGGGAUCCCCAAAGGAAAAAUGGGAUCCGAAAAAGACAAAAAUGGGAUCCCAAAAGGACAAAAAUGGGAUCCCAAAAUGACAAAAAUGGGAUCCCAAAAAGACAAAAAUGGGAUCUCAAAAAGACAAAAAUGGGAUCCCCAAAA